UUUUUUGUUUGUUUUGGUUAUGAAAAAUCUUCAUAGUUUUGUGACCUUUUUUGUAGACUUUAUUUUUAGGUUGCAAAGUAGUUAUAGCACAACAUUUAUAUGACAUUUUUAAAUAUCUUUCUGUCAAAAAUGGCAUUUUAAAAAUAUCACAAAAACAGCGUGCAAACCUGAACCAAAGCAGCAAACCGAAAUGAGCACACCCAGUUACUUUCAAGUCAAAAUGUACACGGGUAUAUAUGCGUGUGUAGCAUAAAUAUAUAUAAGGUGAUGCCGUAAAUUAAGGGAAAAAAACCAAACUGAGUUGUUUUUAACAGCUUCAGUUUUUUAAGCUAAUUAAACAUGAAUGUGUGUUUUUUUUUUUUUUUUUUUUUUUUUUUUUUUUUUUAAAAAACACAGCUUCACUUUUAUUGUCAUUGUUUGCUGACUGAACCUUCUAGCAAUGAGCCCAGUCCCUGCAGUCUGUUCAAUAAAUCAAAGAGGAGUCGAUGAAAUAUUCAGGGAUCUUAGCAAGUAAGGGGUCUGAGUGAGCAAUGUAAUUCCCACACCUAGUCUUGCUGUGUAGUUGUUUCCAUCAUUUAUAACAAUACUGUACAUUAUAGAAAAUACAGUGAGGGGUCCACCAUUAGUUUUGUCACUUAAUAAAACAAAAUAAUUGGGAAAGAACAAUCCGAGAUUUUAACAGGAUUUAUACUGGAUUCGAAGAUUUAUAACCAGUUGCUUCCUGAUAAGCGUACAACUUUUUGUAAUAAUCGAACUGUAGGAAAUAGAAACUGCGUUUUAAUAUUUUUAAAAAAAGAAAAGAAAUAUGACGUGAUGAACGGUGUCACGAUAGAAAAAAAAUGACGAAACGAUCUUGGGGAGCCAGCACGUAACCUUCGCUGGCGCUGUUGAUAGGAGUUUAUAAGAGAAAGCAAUAAAUAAAUAAAAAAUAAAUAAAUAGAAACAUCACCCCAUUACACUCGGAACAUCAAGCCAGUUGGAGCCCUAGCACAAGCAGUCAGCCUUACACGAUAUAAACGCGUCUACUGGUUAGCGUUACUACAUCCUCUUCCAAGACAUGUGUACAGUCCAGGCGCGGCUCUUGGGGACCACAGGGUGUCUCUCGCUCGCUAUAAGUCACUUUGAACUUCUACUGGCCACAAACCUGUGCCUCUUAACAGUUGGCAAAAAUUAAAAUUACGUCAGGACUGCUUAACCAACUUCCUCUCAGCUGGAGAGACAGACAGCGGGGAAACAAAAAAAAAAAAAAAAAAAAAAAAGCGAGAGAAAAUAAAAGGUAACGGCAAUACCAGAGUGUCUGAAGACGCAAUACCCGCUAAAACUCCGAUGGGGACAGAACGCACCCUGGUGCUGGACAGACUGGCGAGCAGCGUGGCCAAGAGAAAGCGCUCCCUGCCUCAGAAAUUCACUGGUGACAAACGUCUCUGCCUGGACAUCAACUACAACACCAGCCUGAUGUACAGCAAAGAGAGCGAGCUGAUCCAGCGGGGCAUGAUGGAGCAGGCCAGAGGCUACAUGGGCGCCGAGAACAUGCGACCCUUGAUCCAGACCCCUCCGGCGGGCGCUCCUCCUCCCGAGAUGGUCCCUGUAAUCAGCAGCGUCUUCCCCCUCUCUCUCACCCGCUCCGAUAUGAACGGCCACGAAUCCGAGGGCGGGAGCCACCAGCACCCGCGGGUCAAACAUCAGCCUUCCAACCGGGGCCCGUCUCCCAGCAAUAGCGGGCACGAGUCCGUCGAAGCAGACAGCAACCCCCAGGAGGAGCAAGGGCAAGGGCACGGCAUCUACAACCUGGGUCACCUGCUCCUCACCCGGCCCCACAACGGCCUGCACCCCCCCCACCUCCACCCGCACCCCCCCCACCACCUCAAAGACCUGCCCCUCCGACCCUACGAGGCCGGCAGGCCCCCCCUGUCACCCCACGACGUGUUCAGGGUGAUUGGCAGGGAGGGGGAGGCUGUCCCUGCUUUCCGCUGCGAGCACUGCCACGUCCUGUUCCUCGACUACGUCAUGUUCACCAUCCACAUGGGCUGCCAUGGCUUCAGGGACCCUUUCGAGUGCAACGUGUGUGGAUACCGGAGCCAGGACAGAUACGAGUUCUCAUCGCACAUAGUGCGCGGGGAGCAUCGCUUCAUAAAUAAAUGAGGCUUUGACGCACGCUUAUCUGUUUUUUUUUAAAGUAGCAUUGCUUUUUUUUUAUUAUUGUGUAAGACUGUUAUAUAUCGCAAAAGGUUGUUUUUUGGAUGUACACAAAAGGUCUAAAAUUAUUUUUUCAAUUGUAAUAAACUUAUACUGCAGUAUGUUUACUUUUCUUUCUGCACAGCUGAAGGGCUGUGCAGAGAAAUAAAAAAAAAAUCAUUCUAGCCUUUUGUGGACAUCAAAUGUCGAUUCAUUUAUGUCUCCUUUCAAAUUUAUAUAUAUAUAUAUAUAUAUAUAUAUAUAUAAUAUAUAUAUAUAUA